AUGGAAUACCUUCACAGGUUGCUUCAAGGGCUGCACUUGAAUCCUAAUUUCAAUUUUCACCCAAAGUGUGAAAAACUUAGGAUCAUUAAUCUUUGUUUUGCAGAUGAUAUCUUAGUUUUUACUCGUGGAGACUUGGAAUCUGUGAAGCUGGUUAUGGACAGAUUCAGGAUUUUUGCUAAUACAAUUGAGCUGAACAUUAGUAAUCCAAAAAGUAAACUGUAUCUUGGUGGUGUGGACAUGGAUACUAAAACAAUUAUGCAGCAGGUAACAGGUUUUGAAUUGGGGAGCCUACAUUUUAAAUACAUUGGAGUUCCUCUUCACAGCAAGAAACUUUCGAUAGCUAAUUUCCAGCCUCUAAUAGAAAAAAAAUUCUUAAGAGAAUUCAACAUUGGAGUACCCGAUUGUUGUCAUAUGCUGACAGAUUACAAUUAA